AUGGAUUUCAAGAUCCUGAAACUGUUUCAGAUCCUCCGUGGGUCAAUAGCUAGACGGUUACUUCUCAGGACAAUGUUCUUUGCACUAGCUAUGGCAGCGAUCUCGUUAACCCAAAUCGUUCACGAUGUUCGAACAAUUGAGCCAAUUGCCAUGAUGAAUUUCGAUAAAUGUUCGUUGAAUAUUGGCUACGUGAAUCACUCUGCUCAUGUCCUUCCUUUCGUUAGCAGCUCGUCUACAUGGGCUCGGUUUAUCGAAACCGAGAAUGUGACUACCAAUGUGUUUAAAGAGCUGUUGGACAAGAGCUUGAUUCAUUAUGAAUCUAAAGCUUUAUGUAUUGGGGAGGAUCAAGAAUCCGCUAUUAGUGCAUUGCACAAAUCUGGAGUAUCGGAUGCAGUUGGUGUCCAUAGACACCCAUUCUUCUCCCUUGCCCGAAAAGGAUUCGUAUAUGAGCUUGAAUUUGGUGAUAAUCAGUUUGAUUUUGUAUUCUCCAGAGCCAUUGAUCGGAUUUCGAUCCCAUCUCUUCUUGUUACUGAAAUCGAACGUGUCUUGAAACCGGGUGGCACAGGUGCGAUGCUAGUUGGUUCCGGAAGCUUCUUCACCGCCGGAUUGAUAACAUCGUCCGCCUCCUUCCUUAGAAAUUCAGACAUAAUUCACCUUUGCGGAAUCGAAGAAUCGUUAACUCUAGUAGUUUUCAAGAAAAGAAUAGAAAACGUCGGUUUGCUCGAGCUGUAUCGGCUUCCAAACGAUUGCCCGUCAAUCAAGGCCAAUAAACCAAUGAUAAAAUACAUGGAGCCGAUGGAUGGAAAAAACGGAAUAACGUAUCUCCCCAAGUUGAUCGAUAUUUCCACGAGGAAGAGGCUUGUGUACAUAAGCAUAAACGUCGGGGAAUUGGUGACAUGGGAUGUAAUGCAGAAGCUUAAGCUGAUGUAUCCAAUGAAGCCGGGCAGUUUCAACGCUUAUGUCAUUGACCAUGAUGCGUCUGCAAUGUCUUUGUAUUUGAAGGAACCCGGGAUCACGUUUGUUUAUCAUCCGGGCCUGGCUGGGGAGGGAAGAGUGUUGGCAAAAGUGAGUGCGGAUGAGUUUCUGAGCGCACCGCAAGAUGAAGAUGAGUUUGAUUUCGUUAAAUGGUUUCAGGAGACCGUGUUGGAGGGGGACUUUGUGAUACUGAUAAUGAAUGCUAGAGAUGUGGAACUGAAGAUGUUGUUUAAAAUGUUUGAGAGCGGGGCGAUAUGUAAGGUGGAUGAACUCUUUAUACACUGCUCCGAUAAUGAGGAUUGCCAGAGUGCCGCGUGUGGUGGAUGUGGUGACUUGUUUGCAGGACUAAGGAAAAGUGGCGUGUUUGCCCAUCGUUGGCCGUCUAGUGGUGGUGGAUAG